GCAUGCAUGAAGCAAGACGCCAUGUUGGGGGGGGUACUCAGUGAAAAUGGACUCGAGACCACUACUGGCUGUCAGCAGGACUGCAGUAUAGGUCUUUAGAGACCAUUCUUGGAAAUAAAUGGAACUGACAAACACCAAGCUGUGGUAUAAUUGUCCGUCCCCUCCUACCAAGGUGCUGUUACUGAGUCAGCUUGUGCCUGAUUCCUUGUGCCACAUUCCUUGUGCCUGAAAACUUUAAGCCCUCAUCUCUUGAAUUACUGGCUUCUCUUGCAACAAAUUUAUCUGAAUUUGCUCAGCAACAGUUGACAAACCCAGCCAGGAGCUAUGUUUUCCAUUUGCCCAGAGAACCUUCUGGAUUUCCUGGAACGGAGCCAUUGGCCAGGGUAGUGCGCCGGGAGUCACACAUCGGUUUCCCGAGUCAGCAGCUGGGAUGGAUCCGUCAGCAAUGGAAAAGAGGAGAUGGCAGUUCUUGGAUUUACCCUUGGUACCUUCGUGUUUGUGCUGCUCAUUAGUUCUGUGGCUAAUUAUCCCACUGGAGAAGUAGGAAGGUCAUGCCAUGGAAUGGUUCCUGAACAUGGCCACACGGCACGCCCGGAUCCUAUUCACAACAUUUCAGUGAGUCAAGUGACAUUCAGACCAGGAGAUCAGAUUGAAGUUACCUUGUCAGGACAACCAUUUAGAGGCUUUCUUUUAGAAGCACGGGCUGCUGAGGAUUUGAGUGGCCCUCCUAUUGGCUCCUUCACAUUGAUUGACAGUCAAGUGUCACAGCUUCUGACCUGUGAAGAUGUACAGGGAUAUGCUGUGAGUCACACAAGUUCAUCCAAGAAAACAAAAAUUAAAGUCUAUUGGAAUGCUCCAAGCAAUGCUCCGAAUCACGUAAAGUUUCUAGUCACAGUUGUUGAGAAGUAUAAAAUCUACUGGGUGAAGAUUCCUGGUCCUGUAAUUUCACAACCUAACACACUGCCUUUUACCACACCCGAAGCUACAGUAGCCCCUUUGUCGACAUUACCUCCGGUCUCCCAUCUAACCAAAUCAUUCAGUGCUUCAGAUUGUGGGAACAAGAAGUUCUGUGUUAGGAGUCCUGUGAACUGUGACCCAGAGAAGGAGCACGCCUGUUUCUUCUUGUCCUUCACACGAGAUGACCAGUCAGUGGUGGUUGAAAUGAGUGGGCCCAGUAAAGGCUAUUUAUCUUUUGCGCUUUCUCAUGACAGAUGGAUGGGUGAUGAUGAUGCUUAUUUGUGUAUUCGUGAAGAUCAGACUGUACACAUACAACCUUCCCAUGUGAUGGGGCGAAGUCACCCUGUGAUGGACUCCAGGGACACUCUUGAGGAUCUGGCUUGGAGGCUGGCGGACGGUGUUAUGCAGUGUUCUUUCAGAAGAAACAUUACCCUUCCUGGGGCUAAGAAUAGAUUUGAUCUAAACUCAAGCUACUACAUAUUUCUAGCAGAUGGUGCAGCUGACGAUGGUCGAAUUUACAAGCACUCUCAGCAACCUUUGAUUACAUAUGAAAAACAUAAUGUGACAGACGAUCCGAAGAGCGUGGGAGGAUCCCAUUCUUUAUUCCUUCUGAAGGCUCAUGGUGCCUUAAUGUUUGUGGCAUGGAUGACUACCGUGAGCAUAGGUGUGCUCACUGCUCGGUUCUUCAAAUCUGUUUGGUCAAAGGCUUUCUUUGGUCAAGCAGCUUGGUUUCAGGUGCAUCGGGCGCUCAUGUUCACGACCACCACCCUUACCUGCAUUGCUUUUGUUCUGCCUUUUGUUUACAGAGGAGGCUGGAGCUCGUAUGCAGGUUAUCAUCCAUACCUUGGUUGCAUAGUGACGAUUUUAGCAGUUCUUCAGCCUCUUUUGGCAGCCUUCAGGCCUCCUUUACAUGACCCAAGAAGGCAAAUGUUUAACUGGACUCACUGGAGUGUGGGCACAGCUGCUAGAAUAAUAGCAGUGGCAGCAAUGUUCCUGGGAAUGGAUUUACCAGGACUAGAUCUUCCUGGCCCAUGGAAAACCUAUGCAAUGAUUGGAUUUGUAGCCUGGCAUGUUGGGACAGAGAUUGUUCUGGAGAUGCAUGCCUACCGACUCUCUCGAAAAGUUGAAAUAUUGGAUGAUGCCAGAAUUCAGAUCCUUCAGUCAUUUACUGUAGCUGAAGCAGAAGGUCAUGCUUUUAAAAAGGUGGUGUUUGCAGUUUAUAUCUGUGGGAAUGUAACUUUUCUCAUCAUCUUCUUAUCUGCAAUCAACCGACUCUGAGCAAGCAAAGACCUUGGCUUUUGCAGACCAGAUGAUAAUGAUCAUUAAGCCAAAGAAACUUGAAGCCUGUCCUGACUGCCUGCGCAGCGUAGCAUGAGUUUUGAAUUGGAAGAGCAGCUCACAUCUGCAGAGGAGUUCUGAGGUGUGGUCUUUAGAAAUCCUCUGUCAGCAGGGUCCUACGGACUCUAAAAAGGACGUAAAGCCUUUAUGUGUGAUUCUGAGCGUUACGUAAA